CUUUCUUUUUCUUCUUUAUAUUAGAAAAGAACUUUUCUUUUAUAUAUAUAUAAAUAUGUUGUCACGUCUUGGUCAACGGUCUAAGCAUACUUUGGUACGUGGCAUACCUUUGGUGUCGGCGACUCAAAGCACUCGUUUGGUAUUAUCUGCUGGUCUCAGAACAAAGAAACCAAUGAAUCCUAAUGUAUUAUUAGCAAGUCGUCGGUUGGCUCAUUCUAAUGCUUUUACUCCUUUGGAUACUUUUACACGUCGUCAUGUUGGUUCUGGUGGUGAAGAAGUAGAUAUCAUGUUGAAACAAGUAGGCGUCAAGAAUAUGGAUGAAUUAUUGGCCAAAAGUAUUCCUCCUUCUAUUCGGUCUUCUAAAGCUUUAGCUGUUUCUAAAGGUAUGACUGAAAAGGAAUUAUUGGAACGUCUCAAAUCUAUUGCUUCCAAGAACAAGGUUUAUCGUUCUUAUAUUGGUACUGGUUAUACUGAUACUGUGGUGCCAAACGUGAUUUUACGUAAUAUCAUGGAAAAUCCUGCUUGGUAUACUCAGUAUACUCCUUAUCAACCUGAAAUUGCUCAAGGUCGUUUGGAAUCUUUACUUAACUAUCAAACUAUGGUUAGUGAUUUAACUGGUUUACCUAUUGCCAAUGCUUCUCUUUUGGAUGAAGGUACUGCUGCUGCUGAAGCUAUGUUGAUGACUUGGCAAGCUGGUAAUCGCAAGAAGAAUACUUUUAUUGUUGAUAUCAACUGUCAUCCUCAAACUAUUGCUUGUCUCAAGACUCGUGCUGAAGCUUUCAAAAUCAACGUCGUUGUUACUGAUAUUUUCAACUAUAACUUUGAUGAACAUAAGAAACAACUCUGUGGUGCUUUGAUUCAGUAUCCCAAUACUCACGGUACCGUUCAAGAUUAUGAAAAUUUAACUGCUGCUAUUCAUGGUGCUGGUGGUCAAGUGGCUGUUGCUACUGAUUUAAUGGCUUUGGCUCUUUUGAAGGCUCCUGGUGAAUUUGGUGCUGAUAUUGCUUUGGGUAACAGUCAACGUUUCGGUGUUCCUCUUGGUUUUGGUGGUCCUCAUGCUGCCUUCUUUGCUUGUAAGGAAGAACAUAAACGUCGUAUUCCUGGUCGUAUUGUUGGUGUUUCUCGUGAUGCUCAUGGUAAACCUGCUUUUCGUCUCGCUCUUCAAACUCGUGAACAACAUAUUCGUCGUGAAAAGGCCACUAGCAACAUUUGUACCGCUCAAGCCCUUUUAGCCAACAUGUCUGCUAUGUAUGCUGUUUAUCAUGGUCCUGAGGGUAUCAAAGCUAUUGCUCAACGUAUCCACAACUUGACUCAAAUUUUGGCCGAAGGUGUUCGCAGAUCUGGACAUACUAUUUCCAACGAUGGUGCUUAUUUUGAUACUUUGUCCAUCAAGGUUGAAAGUGCUGCUACUGUAUGUGAAAAGGCUCUUGCUCUUGGUAUCAAUCUUCGUACCAUCAACCCUCAAACUGUAUCAGUGACUUUGGAUGAAUCCGUCAGCAAGAAAGAUGUAUCUGAUUUAAUCUCGGUCUUUGCCAAGGAUGAUAAACCAAUCAACAUUGAUGAUGCCGCUACUAUUCUCAACAACGGUUUGAAUGCCUUCCCAUCUCAAUUGAAACGUACUUCUGCCAUUCUUCAGCAUCCAAUCUUCAAUUCUCACCAUUCUGAAACCGAAAUGUUACGAUACAUUCACCAUCUUCAAAACAAGGAUUUGUCCCUUGUGCACUCAAUGAUUCCUCUCGGUAGCUGUACUAUGAAAUUGAAUGCCACUACUGAAAUGAUCCCAGUCACAUGGCCUGAAUUUGCCAACAUUCAUCCUUUUGCUCCUGUUGAUCAAACUGCUGGUUACCGUAUUAUGUUGGAUGAAUUGGAAAAGGAUUUGGAAGAAAUCACUGGUUUUGAUGCUGUCUCUCUUCAACCCAAUUCUGGUGCUCAAGGUGAAUACGCUGGUCUUCGCUGUAUCCGUGCUUAUCAUGAAUCCCGUGGUGAAGGUCAUCGUAACGUCUGUUUGAUACCUAUCUCUGCUCAUGGUACCAAUCCUGCUUCUGCUGCUAUGGCUGGUAUGAACGUCGUUAUUGUCAAGUGUGAUUCUGAAGGCAAUCUCGAUAUGGCUGAUUUGAAGGAAAAAGCUGAAAAGAACAAGGAUAAAUUGGCUGCUGUCAUGAUCACUUACCCAUCUACUUUUGGUAUGUUUGAAACUGGUGUUGCUGAAGCUUGUGAAGUUGUACACAAAUUUGGUGGUCAAGUCUACAUGGAUGGUGCAAAUCUAAAUGCUCAAAUUGGAUUGACUAGUCCUGGUGAAAUCGGUGCUGAUGUUUGUCAUAUGAAUCUUCACAAGACUUUCUGUAUUCCUCAUGGUGGUGGUGGUCCUGGUAUGGGUCCUAUUGCUUGUAAAGAGCAUCUUCAACCUUUCCUUCCUGGACAUCCUUUGGUCAAAACUGGUGGACAAAAUGCUAUUGGACCUAUCUCUGCUGCUCCUUAUGGUUCUGCUUCUAUCUUACCUAUCUCAUGGGCUUAUAUUAAGAUGAUGGGUGGUGAAGGAUUGACUCAUGCUACCAAGAUGGCUUUAUUGAAUGCAAAUUAUAUGGCUAGCCGACUUGCUUCUCAUUAUGAAAUUCUUUUCACCAACGAAAAUGGUAUGUGUGGUCACGAAUUUAUUGUGGAUAUUCGACCAUUUGGACAAUACGGUAUUGAAGCUAUUGAUGUUGCUAAGCGUCUUCAAGAUUAUGGAUUCCACAGCCCUACCAUGUCAUGGCCUGUCACCAAUACCCUGAUGAUCGAACCCACUGAAUCCGAAUCUAAGAUUGAACUCGAUCGUUUCUGUGAUGCUAUGAUUGGUAUCCGGAAGGAAAUUCAACAAGUGAUUGAUGGCAAGCUUCCCAAGAAAGACAAUAUGCUUAAGAGUGCUCCUCAUUCCCUGGAAAUCAUGAUGGCCGAUAAAUGGGAUCAUCCUUACUCUAGAGAAACCGCUGCUUUCCCUGUCCCUGGUCUUCGUGAACGCAAAUUCUGGCCUACCGUAUCUCGUGUGGAUGAUGCUUAUGGUGAUCGUAACUUGAUGUGUACUUGUCCAUCUCCUGAAGAAUACUUGGAUCAAAAUGAAUAGAAAUAGAUAUAUUUAUCCUCUCCCCUUUCAGAUUUAGUUUUUCUUUUUCUUUUUCUUUUUUUUUCUUUUUAUCAUUAUCCAUUAUUAUGUAUCAUACCUAUUUUAGUCUUUGUUUUCGGAUUCCGC